GGAAGUAGUUAAAAGUUUAAGGAAACUUUAUAAUAGUGACAUUAAGUAAAAAUUUGUUUAUGCAUGCAUUAAAAAGAAAUACAAAGUACAAAAGGAAGAUGCCUCACCGGAUAUUUUACAAGGGUAUUCAUCCGCAUUUCUAAGUACUAUGUAAAGAUGACUUUAAAGGAAAACAGAGAGUAGUUAAUAAAUUUAAGCCACAAUAUCAAUGACACUACGUAUUUAAACGAAUGAAACGUAAGUGAAUUUCUUACUAAAUCCACAAACCUUUUUCAUGGAAUUUUUUUCCCAAUUCAAUGAUCCGCUUUGUUUACCACGCAAACUGUUCAACGUGAAUAACAAAAACGACAUGCAUAAAUAGCUGCGGAAAUUCAAAAUCUCUUCAUUAGCAAUUCCUGCAAUCGAUUUGACCCUUAUCAAAGAACAUGGGUAGUGGAGCUUGGUUGCCGUGUAUCUUUUGCAUUGUUAGAUUUAUUUUAACAGGACAUGUAGCAUUUGCCUACGAGAAUAUAGCAAUAAACCAGACUGCAUGGCACCAGUAUUCGUAUGGUGGACGGCCAUGGGGAGCCGAUAAAGCUGUGGAUGGGCUGUUUACAGACAGGUCUGCCGAUGGAGGACAGUGUACAAUAUCAGACAAUAAUCAAAGAACUGCAACCUGGCGGGUAGAUCUAGGAGGGGUACUCAGUAUACACCAUAUAAGGAUAUACUACAGGACAGACAAUAGGGCAUAGGAUGCAAGCAACUUUCUCGUACCCCGAUUCCUUGGAUUCUCUGUUUACAUAUCAAACACUACCAAAAAAGACGACGGAAUCCUGUGCUUCAAGGAUACAAACUACACUCGGGCCACUAUUCCGGAUAAUGUAACUAUAGAAUGUGUAAAUCAUGGACGAUACGUUGUCUACUACAAUGAAAGACUCCAAGAAGUCACUUACCCCGUUGGAUAUUCAACGUACGCCUACAACGAGCUCUGUGAACUUGAAGUUUAUGGAUGCCCUAACUCAAUGUUUUAUGGGGAAAAUUGUAAUUUACCGUGUCCAACCAACUGUAAAGAGGGUCGUUGUAACAUUGAAAGUGGAUCAUGUAUGGGAUGCACUAAAGGUUUCAAAGGUCCACGAUGUGAGGAGCAAUGUGAUAAUAAAAGGUACGGACCUGAGUGUAACAUGACCUGCGGUAACUGUAGUGAUGACGAACAAUGUAAUAACGUGAACGGAAGUUGUUCCAAAGGAUGUGACGUAGGUGUUCAUGGAUUUACGUGUAACGAAGCUUGUCCAUGUGGUAGAUACGGAAAGAAUUGUGAUGAGUUCUGUAAACCAAACUGUAGAGGCUGUAACAGAUUCACUUGUGUCUGUGAGUUUGGAUGUCGUGCAGGAUGGAAGGGAGCUUUCUGCGAGCAGGUUACAAAAUAUUCAGAUGUUGAGGCAAGCAGACAGUGUGAUCCAUCUCUUUACGGAAUUAUAACAAUUCUUUGCUUGAGCCUGGCUUUAAAUAUUUUUUUCGUCAUCUGGUUUUACAAAAGACAGCAUCAAGUAAUGAAAAACACGAACCAGUUGUCCACAGUAUACGCUGUGCCUAACACAGAGCUUUAUGAUAAGCCGGGUCAAAUGAGUCUGUCUACAGAUCACAGAACUUCUAAAACACAGAUUUAUGACAAUGUCGAAGACAAUGUCGGAUAUCAAGAACUCGGUAACGGAAUGAAAAGUCACAUUGUACUGUAUUUUUGUGUAAGUGGAGUACUAUUGACCGAAAGAAGUAUACAUAUAUCUGCUUAUGAAAACGUAGCAUUAAACAAGCUUGCAUGGCAGCAGUAUCCUUACCCCAAUGUGGACUGGGGAGCGGAGAAAGCGGUAGAUGGACGGUAUACAGACCGGUCAGCGCCUGGAGGACAAUGUGCAAUAUCUGCCAAUGAUAAAACAACUGCAACCUGGAGAGUGGAUCUAGGAGAAGUGCUCAGUAUCCAUCACAUCACAUUUUACUUUAGGACAGAUAAUGUCCAAUGGGAUUCAAGCCAUGGCUAUACUGGUAGAGUCCUUGGUUUUUCUGUUUACUUAUCCAACACAACCAACAAAGAUGACGGAAUUCUCUGUUUCAAAGACAAUGACUACACUAGAGCUACAGUACCGAAUGUUACUACCCUAGAAUGUAUAAAACAUGGUCGGUAUGUCAUCUACUACAAUGAGAGACUCCCAGGAGUUACCUACCCUGAAGGAUAUUCUACGUUUGCCUUUAGCAGUCUAUGUGAAGUUGAGGUAUAUGGAUGCGCUACCCCUGGAUUUUAUGGAAUUGAUUGUAAUUUACCAUGUCCAAAACAUUGUCAGGAGACUCAUUGUAACAUUGUAAGUGGAUCGUGUCUGGGAUGUAUUGCUGGUUUCAAAGGUCCACGAUGUAAACAACAAUGUGAUAAUAAUACAUACGGCCUUGAAUGUAGUUUGGCCUGUGGUAACUGUAGUAAUGGAGAACAAUGUAAUCACGUGAACGGAAGUUGUCCAAAGGGAUGUGACGUCGGUACUCAAGGAUAUACAUGUGACGAAGCUUGUCCAUUUGGUAGAAGCGGCAAGAACUGUGUUGAGCUCUGUAACCCAAACUGUAAAGGAGGCUGUGACAGAUUUACUGGUGGCUGUAAGUUUGGUUGCUACCCUGGAUGGAAGGGAAUAUACUGUGAGAAUGAAUGUGAUGCAUUGUCUUAUGGUGCAAAUUGCAGUAUUUUAUGUGGCUCAUGUGUAAAUUUCAAACAAUGUCAUCAUAUCAAUGGAACAUGUUUAAAUGGAUGCGACAGAGGAUUUCAGGGAGAAAAGUGUAAAGAAGUUUGUCCCAUUGGACGUUUUGGGUACAACUGUCAGGAUAUUUGUAGCCUUAACUGUGGAGUCCCUGUUAGAUGUGACAGAGUUACAGGACAGUGUCAAGGCGGAUGUCAGGAGGGGUGGAAAGGGCCAAAGUGUGAUAAAAAAUGUAGCAGGGGUAAAUUCGGACUAAACUGUGCUCAGUCAUGCGGAGUUUGCCUUGAUAAAGAACAAUGUCAUCACAUAAACGGUUCAUGCUUGAAUGGCUGUGAUAGGGGAUACCAAGGAAUCAACUGUACACAUGUCUGUCCAGACGGGAUGUAUGGAUACAACUGUCAGGAGACAUGCAGCAAAAACUGUAAAGUUCUUAGGACAUGUGACACCAUUUCGGGACAAUGCAGCGGUUCAUUGGAAAUAAUCUCAGACUAA